AAUGAACGAAAUGGAAACGUCCGGAACUUCUGGUGAGGCCACCGGCAGGCCUAUUUCUCCCUUCGAACUAGCCAACGGCAAGAACUACCUUCAAGGACAGUUGGAUUCGAUCGUUAGGCGAUUGGCGGAGAAUGAAUCGCUUGUACGCUCGCUUGGUGAUAUGCUGGCAACGGAACGAGAGCGAAAACUGAGCGCUACGUCGUCUCAGACCACUGUGGAAUUGGGCGGCAGCGCUAGCGGGGAGACAGUCAAACGUGGCACACGAGAAGACACGGGCAGGCUUGCUGAGAAGACUGUUACACACGAAUCAUCUGGAAAUGGUGCUGUUCCAAUGUGGACAGCUGAUAGUCGUAAAAGAAAGCCAAGUACCAAAUCCACUCAACAUGCGUUACCUACGGGUACUCACUCAAGACAUGCAGUAGAAGUUCGCAGAGAGCGACACUCUGACACCAAGGAGGUACUGCGACUCCUGAGAGAGUUUCCACUGCGCAGCAAAGAGGUUCAGCACAUACGACAGGAGCUGCAGAAGUCGCGCCGUCACGCCGCGGAGAAUGCACAGUACGCAGCGGAGUACCAUGAACGCCAUGAACAUCUGGAGUCACAACUCAGGAGCGUAUCAGGAGAAUGCGAACAAUUACGUGCAGAACUUGUAAAGGCCGUGCAUGACAGCACAGAGGUGGACGUGGCCGUAAUGGUGGCUGAUCUCCAAUGCUCCAUUGUGGAGCUGCAAUCCGAUGUAGCUGGACUAUGUGGGCGCGCCGCCGACGCGGAGAGGAAAUCUGCCAUGGCAGACGAGGAGAAUGCCUCGCUGAAGAAAUCCUUGCAGGCGAAGGAUGAUGAAGUGCUGCAACAGCAAAGAGUAAUCGAUCGAACUGCACAGGAACUUGCCAACUGCCACCAUCAACUCAAGAAAGCUGCGAAAGCGCAAAAGGCUUCGGCAAGUGAGGCAGAUGUAUGGCAGCAGAAGUUCCUGUCCAUGACGAGGGAUAUGCGACAGAACGAGGCACUUGUAAACCAGCAUCAAGCUGUAAUAAGUGGUCUCAAGAAUCGAGUGCAAGCAGAAGACGUCAAUCAGCACCAAAAGGCAAGCAUUUCCAAAUUGCGAGGUUAA